CCUCCCUCGAACCUUUCCUUCUCUCCGGUUGAACCACAAACACUUACACACACACACACACACAUUGUCACAAUUCACAUACUCCCCCCCAGCGCUCUCCCACCGUUCAUCGAAUCAUUCACUAAUCCCUGAUCCUCGUCACACUGGUGUAUCAAUUUUUUUAACGUGAACUCGCGAGGCACUGGAUUAAAACCGUUUUAACAUCGCUACCACUCUUUUCUCUGUUGGUGUGAAUAAGAGCUGUGUUUAGCAACCACAAGUACAUUUUGGAUUUCUCUCUCUCUAUCUCUUAGAAAACCAUGGAGUCGCGAGUGUUGUCACGCGCUAGCACCUUCGCUUCGCUCUCUCAGCUCCGAAAGCCACCGAGAGAGAACAACAACAACAACAAUAGCGUAAGCUUUGUCUCGGCGAGGCCGAUUGGAGCUGUGGGAGAAGGUGGGAACUUGAUAUGGGGGAGGCAGCUCCGACCAGCUCUGUUGCUUGAGAGCUCAUCGGCUGGGAAGCAGAGAGAGAGUGUGAAGCCUUGUUUGGCGGCGGCUUCAUCGUCUCCAGGGAGCGAUUCCGCCGGGGAAGCGAAGCCUGUCGGUUUCAUCGAGAAGUACCCGGCUCUCGUUACUGGCUUCUUCUUCUUCAUGUGGUAUUUCCUGAACGUGAUUUUCAACAUCCUGAACAAGAAGAUCUACAAUUAUUUUCCGUAUCCCUACUUUGUCUCGGUUGUGCACUUGUUUGUCGGGGUGGUGUACUGUUUGGUCAGCUGGGCUGUGGGCCUUCCUAAGCGCGCUCCUAUGGACUCGAACCUCUUGAAGCUGCUCUUCCCUGUUGCCGUGUGUCAUGCACUUGGCCAUGUGACCAGCAAUGUCUCAUUUGCAGCAGUUGCUGUCUCAUUCACACAUACAAUCAAAGCUCUUGAGCCCUUCUUCAAUGCUGCUGCCUCUCAAUUCAUACUUGGGCAAUCAAUACCUAUCACUUUAUGGUUGUCUCUGGCUCCUGUUGUUCUUGGUGUGUCAAUGGCAUCAUUGACUGAGCUGUCAUUCAACUGGGUUGGCUUCAUUAGUGCUAUGAUUUCCAACAUUUCCUUUACUUACAGGAGUAUCUAUUCAAAGAAAGCCAUGACUGACAUGGACAGUACUAAUCUCUAUGCUUACAUUUCCAUCAUUGCUCUGUUUGUCUGUAUUCCACCUGCCAUCAUUUUGGAGGGACCUAAACUGAUGAAGCAUGGCUUCGGUGAUGCAAUCACAAAAGUGGGUCUAACCAAGUUCAUCACAGACCUUUUUUGGGUGGGAAUGUUUUACCACCUUUACAAUCAGUUGGCCACCAACACCCUGGAGAGGGUGGCACCUCUUACACACGCAGUUGGCAACGUAUUGAAACGUGUAUUCGUCAUUGGAUUCUCAAUCAUAGUCUUCGGUAACAAGAUUUCAACACAAACUGGUAUUGGAACUGCUAUUGCAAUUGCUGGAGUAGCAAUCUACUCUUACAUCAAGGCCAAGAUGGAAGAAGAGAAACGACAAGCGAAGGCAGCAUAAUAAGGAAAGAAGUGCGGACAAGGGGCAAUCAUGUGUUUUAAAUUUUAAAUAUUUCCUUCCGAAGAGAGUUGACAAAAUUCGUAACCUAUCCUUACUUCCAAAAAAAAAAUAAAAAAUUGGUGUUUAAUAUCCUUGUGGUAGUUCUUUGGUUUAUUUGUUAUCUUAAUAAAUUUUCUUUCAUUCAAGUACUGGCAAUUGCUCAUUUGCAAUCAUCUCAUGUUGACUGAAAAUAAUGAAUCGCCUUGUCUGCCACAAGUUAUAACAGGCUUUAAACAGAGAUGAUGGAAUGCGUGAUUUAUGAAAUGAUAGUAAUUUACCAGAGGUA